GCCUAUUUGACGAACCAGGAAAUGGUUAAAAGGCAUGGAGAGUUUUGAUUUACGAGAGAUAUCAUGUCGCAGUGCAUAGACGGUUUCAAGCAUGUAUGCUCCUCUUUUUUCCGGUGUUUUGAUAUCGAUAUUUACAAACAAUCUGGAGGCCUUGGAGACCCUGAACUGCUUGCGAGAGAGACAGUUUUUAGCGUGAGUGAAAUAGAAGCUCUAUAUGAGCUGUUUAAGAAAAUCAGCAGUGCUGUGAUUGAUGAUGGGCUAAUAAACAAGGAAGAGUUUCAGUUAGCCUUGUUCAAGACAAAUAAAAAAGAGAGCUUGUUUGCAGACCGGGUAUUCGAUUUGUUCGACACAAAACAUAAUGGCAUACUAGGGUUUGAGGAGUUUGCGCGUGCUCUCUCUGUCUUUCAUCCAAAUGCUCCCAUAGAAGACAAGAUUGACUUUUCGUUUCAGCUAUAUGAUCUUAAGCAGCAAGGUUUCAUCGAGAGGCAGGAGGUGAAGCAAAUGGUGGUGGCUACUCUUGCUGAGUCCGGCAUGAACCUGUCAGACGAAAUCAUAGAGAGUAUAAUCGACAAGACAUUUGAGGAAGCUGACACAAAACAUGACGGGAGGAUCGAUAAGGAAGAGUGGAGGACCCUUGUUCUCAGGCAUCCUUCCCUUCUAAAGAACAUGACUCUCCAGUAUCUUAAGGAUAUCACAACUACAUUUCCAAGCUUUGUGUUCCACUCGCAGGUGGAAGAUACCUGAGAAAAACAAUAGCAUAUUAGCAGAGGAGACAAUUUGGGAAUUGUGUUUGUUUUCUGAUUAUGUAUCAUGUUUAUUUGUUUCAAUCUCUCUGAACAUUUUCAAGAUUUUGUUGUUACUUGUGUGAAAAAAGAAAAGAAAACAAAUCUGUAUUUUUUCU